AUGGGCAACUGCGCAAGUCUUGGGGCGUCCCCGGGGGAGGAGCGGCGGUUGGCGGAGGCGGCGGUGGCGGUGGCGACGGCGGCUAAGGCCAAGGCUGGGGAGGAUAGGCGGUCACGGGAGGCGGCGGCGCCGCCGGAGAUGCUGGUAAAGAUCAAGAUCGGCCGGCGGCAACUGGAGGCGCUGCAGCGGAUGGCAGGUGGCGGCGCCCUGCCGCUGCACCUGGUGCUUGCCCACCUGCUGCCCGGCGCCGGCCGUGACGAGCUCCUUCGGCGGGCUCGGCAAUGGCGGCCGGCCCUCCAUAGCAUAUCGGAGGUGGGGGACUGA